UGUGCAGGAUUUGCGCCUGGAAUAAGUUGACAUGGUUGUUUUCAUGCCAGUGUUGGAGAGAAAAAAAAAGUUACGUUGGUGUGAGCAGAUCCAAUCGAACGAGUUCGUCUUAAAACCCGUCGAAGGCUUUUAAGAGCUUUCAUACAACAAUUCACAGCCAGGGAGGGAAACAAAGUCACAGUUGAGGCAGCAGCAAUGGGGAGCAAACCGGGCCCAGUUCAGAUAGUGACGGUGUGCAAGGAGGAUCACUCCUUUACGCUGGACGAGGAAGCGCUCGAGCGCGUCCUCUUGACCCCGACCGUGCGAGACAAAAAUGUGGUGGUGCUUUCGGUGGCCGGCGCCUUCAGGAAGGGCAAGAGCUUUCUGCUCGACUUCAUGUUGCGAUACAUGUACAGAAAGGGUGACGAAAACUGGCUGGGUAACGACGACGAGCCCCUGACGGGAUUCUCCUGGCGAGGUGGCUCGGAACCGGAGACGACCGGCAUCCAGAUCUGGAGCGAGGUCUUCCCCAUCCAGAAAAGUGAUGGAAGCGAGGUGGCAGUAGUGCUUAUGGACACUCAGGGAGCUUUUGAUAACCAGUCCACAGUGAAAGACUGUGCCACCAUCUUUGCCCUCAGCACCAUGACCAGCUCCAUUCAGAUUUACAAUUUGUCCCAGAACAUCCAAGAAGAUGACCUGCAGCAGCUACAGCUUUUCACCGAGUACGGCCGGCUGGCCUUGGAUGAAAUCUUCCUGAAGCCUUUCCAGUCCUUGAUGUUCCUCAUCCGCGACUGGAGCUUCCCCUACGAGUACACGUACGGCUUUAAAGGAGGCAACGAAUUCCUGGAGAAACGAUUACAGGUCAAGGAGGCCCAGCACGAGGAGCUGCAAACGGUGAGGGAGCACAUCCACUCCUGCUUCACCAACAUUUCCUGCUUCCUGCUGCCACACCCUGGUUUGAGAGUUGCCACCAGCCCGACUUUUGAAGGACAACUUAAUGCGGUGGCACCAGAGUUCAAAGAGCAGCUGAAGAUUUUGAUCCCCGAUCUCCUGCAUCCCGACAACCUGGCCGAGAAGGAGAUCAAUGGAAACAAAGUCACCUGCAGAGGCCUGCUGGAGUACUUCAAGGCUUACAUCAAGAUUUACCAGGGAGAGGACUUGCCCCAGCCAAAGAGUAUGCUCAUGGCGACAGCGGAGGCCAACAACCUGGCAGCCGUGGCGUCGAGUAAAGAUCAGUAUUACAGGAACAUGGAGAAGAUGUGUGGCGGAGACCUGCCCUAUGUGUCUCCUGAGUCACUGGAGGAGAAGCACCAAUUUUACUUCAAGGAGGCUCUCUUCUCCUUCUCCUCCACCAAGAAGAUGGGCGGCCAGGAGUUUUGCGACCGCUACCAAGAGCAGCUGGAGAAGGAGCUGGUGGAGAUGUGGGAGUCGUUCAGCAAGCACAACGAGUCAAAGAAUCUGUUCAGUGCAUUCCGAACUCCAGCCGUGCUGUUCGUGCUCGUGUGCCUCCUGUACGUGCUGUCGGGUGUGCUGCUCUUCGUGGGCCUGUCCACCUUCGCCCUGGUGUGCGACUGCGUCCUGGGCUUGGUCAUGAUGUCCAUGCUGACUUGGGCCUUCAUCCGCUACUCGGGCCGCUACCGGGAUGUGGGCGGAGCCAUCGACCAGGCGGCGGGCACCGUGCUGGAACAGGCCACGGUGGUGCUGAACAAGUCGAGAGGACAGAGGCUUUCCACCAUGAAGAAAUCCAGUUAGAGGACCGGCGAGGCUUUUGGUCAUCUCGACGCCACGCAAAUCUACAGCCGACACAGAGCCGCAUUCAGCCUUAUCAUUGCGCCCCCCCCUCCAUCUCUUCUCCCCCAACCCUUUCUCUGUGAGAACAUACAACACCAAAAAAAAAAAGCACAAGAGAAGGAUACAUUCCCAAAAGCCAGCAUGUUUCAUAUCCGCGUUGGGACACAAGCUGCCUGCUUUGAAAGCAUCGCACCUUCUGUCGAUCCUGCCGCAUUUCCAAAAGAUUCACCAGGAGAAAUUCUUUCCAGCGGUUACAGGCUUCUUUUUGCACAAUUUGGUUGUCUACCUUUAUGAGGAUGGCUUUUGCAGCUUUUUAUAUGCAUAUUUUAGAAGCUCAAUUUAUUUUCUUUUACAGUGUGCCUUGAAAGCAUUCCAGUCUCGAUGGAGACGUAACAUUCCUGAUCAAGUUCAGUUGUUCCCUUUUGCUGAAGUAGCAAGGAGGAGACGGUUACAGUAAUGCACUUUGUGUCACCAAAUCAGACCACAGUAGAGCGUGAGCCUAAAAAUGAGCGUCAAAUGUAAAGAAUUUCUUAUGGAUGGCAGCAAAAGGCUAUUAUUGGAUUGAUAAAUUGACCUACUCAAUUCACUUUUGUCGUUCUUUGACAUCAAGAUGCCACAGAAUGGCCACUUCUGGCUAAAUGAACUCUCUUCCACUCACUUCAACAUAGUUCCUUAGCAUCAAGAUUGUAGCAAAACUCCAUAUUUGUCCAAACUGAGCUCCUCGGUUCAUUUGAACAUCAUUCCUCUGCACCAAUAUGGCAUCGCAGCACUAUUUUGUCGAAAUAGAAUUCCUCAUAUCACAUCGACAUAACUCAUUCUUGGUAGAAAGAUGGCAGCAAAGAAUUUUUGUCUUGGUGAAACUUUAGUAUACAGUAAUUCCAAGAUGGUGUCAAAGCACUAUGUUUGUCUAAUCCUCCAUUUAUGAUUCCUUGCCUGAAAGAUGGAGGCAAAGCACUAUUUGACUAAAUGAAGCAUUUUACCUCACGUCAACAUAGUUCCUUGGCCUUAAGAUGUUGGUAAAAGCACAACUUUUGUCCGAGUGUAGCUCAUCUAUUCCCUUCAACAGAUGUCCUUGUCACCAAGAUGGCGCCAAAUUAAUGCUUAAAGUUUAAAAAAAGAAUAACUUGAUGUACUAUACAUUAUUUUGAAAUGACAAACAAGCAAGCAUGUGGGGGUUUACUCUAACAAAAGAAAAAUCACGCAUUCCAAAUUCUCUACUGAGCAUUCCCUUUCAUGUUGUUCAAAAUAGAUUUUGAUACAGAAAAGUUGAUAUUUUUUAGAUCGGUUAUUUAUAGAAAGUGCUUUCUGUGAUAUUUACAACUCCAAAGGUUCUAUUGAUUGACAAAGAUCAUCUAACUUGAUGAUGUAGUGACCACAUAGCCAAAGACUUUGCUUUGCUUUUGCAGGCUCUUCGAGUUAGUCCAUCUUGCUAUGAUGAAUAUACUGUACGUAUAGUACUGCUGUGUUAACGAGACAUGACUUUGUCUUUUUUAUGCAACAUAUUCAAAAUUGCAGUAAAAUAAUUAACAUGUAAGCAAAGAAGGAUGAUGACAGAAGAGUGUGAUUCUCCUGCAGCUGGACAAAGUGUCAAUUUGCACUUUGGUGAUAUAGGUAAUAAACUAUUGGAUCUUUCAACUAAA